AGCCCCUCGAUCGCCCAGGACCCCCCAUCCUUCUCGUUUCUCUCUCUGGUCUACCGUGGCCAUCAAGAAAAUCAAACCCUACCUUCCUCCAGCAUCCCCGAACCCCUCCCCUAUCCCAACCCCUCUCCCCCUUCCCACCACAAAACCCCUCAAUCCCCCAACCCAAAAAGCCUUUCUCUCUCUACAUAGCCCUUUUACCAUCUAUGACCAUAUCGUUUCCCUGAUACCCUUUAGAUCUUUUUUGGCCAAAAAAGAGAGAAAUGUGAAAAUGCGGAACAAGGGUAAAGUCCAUCCUUCCCCAUCAUCUUCUUCCUCCUCUUCGUCUCAUUCUUCCCACCACAACAACAAAGAUGCUUUAUCUGUUCUAAAACUCUUGCCUGCUGCUAUUCUUGCUAUAGCAGCAGUCCUUUCUCUCGAGGACCGCGAAGUAUUGGCUUACAUGAUCACUAGGUCCAUCAAGACUACCAACCCAUCAGCUCUUCUCGAUGAAAAAUCCAAGAAAAACUCCAAAAAAUCAGCAAAUACCGGUGCCCACCUCCACAAAAGUACUCCUUUGUUUGACUGCGAGUGCUUUGAUUGUUACACUAGCUACUGGUUUAGGUGGGAUUCUUCACCUAACCGGGAGCUUAUCCACCAAGCCAUUGAAGCCUUCGAGGAGCACUUGAAUAACGGCGAGCAGUCCAAGAAGGGGAAGAACAAGAGAAGAGACAAAAUGGGCCGGCGUGGGACUCAGAAAUUAGUGGAUUUUCCGCUGCCCGAAACAGGAAAUGGAUCGCCGGAGAUUCAAGAGAGUAGCUCUUCUGUGCCGCAAGAUGAGGCUUUCUCGCCGGAGUCAUCAGCUGGGGUACUGGUGCCUGAGAGUGGAGAUACUGGUGAAGCGGCAGCGGCGGCCUUGAUAGUGGUAAAAGAGGAGGAGGAGGAUGUGGUGACGGAGACUGCGCCGGAGACGGCUUUAAUUGUGAGAGGAGCGGCGCCGGCGAGUAACCACAAAGGACUAGCUAGAAAAGUGUUGCCGGAUGUGUUGGGACUGCUGAAUUCGCGUUUAUGGAGUCUUUGGAGUCCGAAUGUAUAAAGAAAAGAAAAAGGAGGAGGAAGAAAAUUCUACUUUUUUUUCUAUUAUUAUUAUUUCGAGGAAAAGGAAAUGUGGUAGGCAAAAUUCCUUCUCGAGUAUAUAAAAAUUUUCGGACUUUAGUAAAAAGAUGCUUCUCCUUUCUUCACGAGCCAUUUGUUUAUUCUCUUGUCAAAUACUACUACUACUACACAAGAAUCUGAGCUAAAGUGGUGUAUUCUUGGGCUGGCCAAGAAUCAUUUUCCCGGUUGCAAAUGGAAAUGUGGCUGAAUUCUCUUUUCUGUUUUUCUCCGCAGGAAAUUUCAAGUUUUAGCUGCUACUGCUUCUCAAGUAAUCAAUAUAUUAUUAUUAUUAUUAGUGCUUGCUACUUAGGUGGACAACUUCUUCAUGGACUCUGCUUAGGUGGGUGCUUGCAUACCUAUUUUCAGUCCUUCCUUCCUUCUUGUACAUUAUUGAAGUCUUUGCUUAGUAGCUAAGCAUUGUGAGAAGACAUAUGUACUUUUGAUGGGCCAAUGAAAUGUGACAUUUCUGUGCUUCUCCUA